AUGAACGCCAUCGAGCAGAAAUGCCGGCCCAAGCACCAGGUGCUGGUGCUGAAGUGCUACCCGCGCACCACCAAGGGCGCCGUCGACGUCAAGCCCAACUCGAGCGAGCUCAGCUACCUGCUGUUCUACGCCCAGUCGCGCCGCUCCAAAAUCCAGAAGGUUGGCAGCUUCCUCGAGAAGAAGACGGCCAGCGACGUCUACCGCCAGCGCAUAGGCAACGUGCAGGUAACCCUACAGAUCCUCACGGCCCUGAUCGAGAAGACGCCCAAGGACCUCCCGCUGUUCGCCUCGUGCGUCCUCCACAUCCUCGAGCAGAUCCUCAAGUCCCGCGACAUCACCAUGGUUGAGUCGUCCGUCCCGACCUUCGAGGCCUUCUGCGCCCACCACGAUCCCACCUCUCUCCUGGGCGACCAGGCCUACCUGCGCCAGUACCUCCACGUCUUCCAGCAGUAUGCGUCCCUCGCGUCGACCCGCGCCUUCCCCGGCAAGCUCGAGCCGAGCCAGCCGAUCGCACUGCGGUGGAGGAACACGGGCUUGAAAGCCAUCAAGAGCGUCGCCUCGUCCGACGCGCUCUCCUCCGCCACCACCCAGCAGUACGAUCUGGCCAUCCCCGUGAUUCUCGAGAACCUGUGGACCGAUAACGAGGACUUCCUCGACGUGCUGCACCAGCGCGCCGAGAUGGGCGAGAAGCUCGGCGCCGCGCUGCUCCGGCGCCGCACGAGCGUCGCGACCGUGCAGACGGCCGAGAGCGAGUCCAACGCAAACCCCAUCGCGCUCGCCGACACGGCCGUGGACAUGGACAAGCUGGCCGAGGAGGAUACCGGUGUGCUGGCCAUGGAAUGCCUUCGCCAGAUCUUCGUGGCCCCAAACCGGUCGCAAGCCCACGCCGCCACCGUCGCCCUCCUCAAAUUCGUCCAGGAACGCGUGAGUCAGCACGAGGAGGUCGUCAAGACGGACGCGAACGGUCGGGACGGCGGCUGGGCCAUCAAGAUGUUCCUGCUGGCCGCCCGAUGGGCUCCCGUCGCAGACCGCUUCACCAUCCUCGUCACAGCCGUAGAGGCGCUUGCCCAGCUGCCGCUCACGGACGAGUCGCUGCGCCAGCACAUCGUCCUCGCGGCCAUGAUUGGCGCCCUUCUGCGGUCCGACAUCAACCUGAUCGGCCUCAGCGUCAUGGACGUCCUUCUCCAAUUCACCGCCCACAUCCGGAGGCUGGUCCAUAUGCCGGGGGACCCGAACGUCAUGCGCUGCGACCCGCCUCUGCCGGGCCGGCCCGAUCCGCGCGCGCCCACCGGCGCUCCGUUCGCCGACAAGGCCGAGCAGGCCGUGGCCGAGCGGAAAAACCUCCUCUUCCGCCUGCAGGAGUGCAUUGGGGACCUGGCGACUCAUGUCUACUACGCCGACCAGAUCUCCGACAUGAUCUCCACGAUACUGCAGAAGCUGAAGCCGCCCCAUUCCGGCAGCGCUUCGGGCUCCCCGCACGGAGACAAGGCCGACGGUACGCCCAAGUCCUCUGCGCACGCGCUUGUUACCGACGAGCAUCACGUCGAUUCGCUGUUCUCGCUGAGCGUUGCCAAGAUGGCGGCGCUGCGGGCGAUCAAAUCAGUCCUGCUCGUCGCCAACCCGCAAACCAAGAUGAGCGGCAACCUGGCCGCCCUGUCAAGGAGCCCCGUGCCAGUCGAGGUAUGGGAUGGCACCCAGUGGCUGCUGGGGGACUCCGACGGCCUCGUCCGCAAGGCCUAUGUCGACGCCGUGGUAACCUGGCUCGACCGCGAGACGACGAGCGCCGACCGGACCAUCCGGGACGAGGUCGCCCGGCCGAUGCCGAAGAACCGAGAGCUUCCGGGCGGCGCGUCGCUGGCGAGGAGGGCAGUCUCGAGCACUUCGGCCCGGGAGAAGCCGGCCAAGGUGCCUCGGUCGCAGUUCCUGCAGCUCCUGCAUCUUGCAGUUUACGACAACGCCAUUCAGUAUAUCGACUACGAAAGCGAUAUGGUGCUCCUGCACGUCCUGCUGGCCAAGCUGGUGGACAAGCUCGGCGUGAACGCUGUCCGAUACGGCCUGCCCAUGAUCUUCAGGCUGCAGGAGGACAUCCAGGACGCCGAGACGCCCAUUCAGAAGGUCCGGCUCGGCAGCCUGGUGCACGGCUACUUCUGGGUCCUGACCGAGAAGUUCGACUUCGAGGGCUCGAUGAUCGGGAGAGCGAUCCACAACGAAAUCGUCCGCCGGCGCACCAAGAACUUCUGGGUCGAGGGCGUCAGCGUGCCGGCGCCCCGGCUCGACCUCGUGGGCACGCCCGGGACGGUGCGGUCCGAGCCGAGACUGCCUCUCAAGGAGAUCGAGUCGGAGGCGCUGCUCCCCUUCGACGAGCGGCUCGCGCUGGUGGACUGCGUGUGCACGGCCUACGAGGAGCAGACUGCUUCCCCGCCGCAGAGCCCGGCCGCUAGCCCCGGCCGCAGCUUCUCGCACCCCAUACUGGGCUCGACGCUGAGCACGGGCCUGACCGCCGAGCCGGAGCAGGAGGUUCCCGCGCACUUCCGCGAGCAGAUGCUCGGCGACUGGAGCCGCGAGGCCGUGUUGGCGGCCGUGCAGACCGCCAGCAAGUCCGCGUCGCUCAACGGAUCCCGGUCCGGGACGACGGGCACCAACUGGGCCAACGGCGGUCCGACUGCGAACGGGCACAGCCUCAGGCCGGACCGCCCGUCGCCGCACGGCAGCAAGGCAAAUCUCCGGCCGUCGGCGUCGCCGGCGGGCGAUCUCGCCAAGGCGCGCAAGACGAGCCUCCGCAGCGGGCACUCGCCCGCGCCGCCGACGCACGCGGAAGGCAGAGAGCAGGUCACCUCGGUCGAGCAGCUCAAGCUGGUCCUGUCGGGUCAGCUGCAGCCGCCGCCGCCGCCGCCGACCGUGCACGGGCCGGCCUUCCAGCACGACGAUUCCAGCAGCGACAGCUUCGUCAGCUACGACAUGACGGCCAGCGAGCUCUCCUUCAACCCCGCCGCGGCC